AAUAAGCAGAUCCUAGUGCUGGGCCUGGAUGGAGCGGGAAAAACCAGUGUCCUCUACUCUCUAGCUUCAAACAGAGUCCAGCACAGUGUGGCACCCACCCAAGGUUUCAAUGCAGUUUGCAUCAACAUUGAAGACAGCCAGAUGGAAUUCCUGGAGAUUGGUGGCAGUGAACCUUUCCAUUCCUACUGGGAAACGUACCUGGCCAAGGGUUUGCUGCUGAUCUUUGUGGUGGAUUCAGCAGAUCACAACCGAUUGCCUGAAGCGAAGAAAUACCUGCAUCAACUAAUUGGAGCAAACCCAGUCCUUCCUCUAGUUGUGUUUGCAAACAAACAGGAUCUUGAAACAGCCUAUCACAUUACAGAUAUCCAUGAAGCUUUGGCAUUAUCUGAGGUGGGAAAUGACAGGAAGAUGUUCUUGUUUGGAACCCACCUGACUAAGAAUGGCUCAGAGAUACCCUCCACCAUGCAAGAUGCCAAAGACUUGAUUGCACAGUUGGCUGCAGAAGUGCAGUGACCAGAAACAGGCCCAC